AACAACUCCCCCGUGGAGGCCGCUAAGGCCGCCGUCGCUCCCCCUGCCGCCCCCAGCGGUCUUCAGCUCUACUCCAAGUUCGCCUUCGCUGGUGCUGUCUGCUGCUCCGUCACUCACGGUGCUCUGACCCCCGUCGAUGUGUAAGUCAUAUCGCCCUCGUCGCAUUGAUCGCCUUGAACGCGCGUGAUUCCGGUCCUGGUCCUCCCUGCGCCGAAAGAAAAGAAAACGCAAAACCUCGAGCCGUUGAAAACACGAUUCACCAUGACGACCUGCCUUGUUUUUCUCUCCCAUCUCGCUGACCUGUCCUCUCCCCUUCCAGCGUCAAGACCCGUAUCCAGCUUGACCCCGUCACCUACAACCGUGGCAUGCUUGGUGGAUUCAAGCAGGUCAUCGCCAACGAGGGUGCUGGCGCUCUCCUGACUGGUUUCGGUCCUACCGCCGCCGGUUACUUCCUCCAGGGUGCCUUCAAGUUCGGAGGUUACGAGUUCUUCAAGCAGCAGUGGAUCAACCAGCUCGGUCUCGAGACUGCCUCCAACAACCGCACCGCCAUCUACCUCGCCUCGUCCGCCACCGCCGAAUUCUUCGCUGAUAUCGCCCUCUGCCCUCUGGAAGCCACCCGUAUCCGUCUCGUCUCUCAGCCCACUUUCGCCUCCGGUCUCCUGAGCGGUUUCGGUAAGAUCCUCAAGAACGAGGGUAUCGGUGCUUUCUACUCUGGAUUCGGUCCCAUUCUCUUCAAGCAGGUCCCCUACACCAUGUCCAAGUUCGUCGUCUACGAGAAGGUCGCCGAGGGUGCCUACAAGUUCGUCGACAAGGAGACCGCUUCCGAUGGCAUGAAGACCGCCGUCAACCUCGGCUCCGGUCUCAUCGCUGGUUUCGCCGCCGCUCUCGUCUCCCAGCCCGCUGACACCAUGCUCUCCAAGAUCAACAAGACCCCCGGUGAGCCCGGUGAGGGUACCAUCUCCCGUCUGGCCAAGAUCGGUAAGGAGCUCGGCUUCAAGGGCUCCUACGCCGGUAUCGGUGCCCGUCUGUUCAUGGUUGGUACCCUGACCGCCGGUCAGUUCGCCAUCUACGGUGACAUCAAGCGUAUCUUGGGCGCCACUGGUGGUGUUGAGAUCGCCAAAUAGAUUUAACUGUGUUUAACGUGAACUACUUUGGUGUAUUAUAUUUCUGUCACUAGACUACCUUUUUUUUUUCU